AUGUGUUUUGCUGAUGAUCUUUUGGCAUUUAGUCAUGGAGACUUUGUCUCAAUUAUGUUGAUGUUGAAAGGAUUGAAAUUAUUCUCUUCAACUUCUCGUUUAAUGCCAAAUGAACCGAAGACUGUGAUUUACUGCUCUGGCAUGUCAGAUACUGAAGUUGGAAGAAUAUUGGAGGCCUCAAACUUUAAAAGGAGCUCUCUAGCAUUCAGGUAUCUUGGAAUACCUAUAUGUUCAAAGAAACUCUCUAAUUCUGACUGUCAGAUUUUAUUAGAGAAAAUGGUCAGUAAGAUUAGAUUGUUCAGCACUCGAAACUUGUCUUAUAUGGGGACAGUAACUUUGAUCAAUGCUGUUCUUAUAUCCAUACAUACAUACUUGGCUCAGAUUAUGCUUUUUCCAAAGAAGUUGCUUAAGGAUAUUGAAGCAAUUUACAGAUCGCUUUUAUGGAAAGAAAAUCAGGUUGGGGCUGGCUCUAGUUUGGUGGAUUGGGAACAUGUUUGUCUUCCCAAAGAUGCUGGAGGACUUGGAAGAAAUGUUAUCAAAAGUGAAAAGGAAGCUGCAUUGGGGAACAAAUGCAGUCAGUUUGCAGAAACUUCUGCAAUGUAUCAGCAAAAUGAAGAAGAUCUGAGCAACCAGAAGAAGCAUGAUGACUACAGUUUUGGCUGCUUUGGUGUAUCAGCUAUGGGGUCCAAGGAAUGA